AUGGAUACAAAAGAACAAGAAAUAUUUACCCUUAUUAAUAAUUAUCGUCAACAAAAUGGUUUACCAUUACUUCAACCAUCUGUUAAUCUUGCUUAUGUUGCUCACACACAUGCUAUUGAUAUUAUUGAAAAUAAUCCGGAUGUUAAUGGUGGUAAUAUGCAUAGUUGGAGUAAUAAAGGCAAAUGGAAAUCAGUUAAAUAUACACCUGAUCAUGCACAAGCACAACUAAUGUGGAGCAAACCAUCAGAAAUAAGUAAUUAUAAAUUUAAUGGCUUCGAAAUCUCACUUAGUUAUGCUAAAAAUAUAAGACAAACAAUGUCAGUUAAUCCAACAGAAGCUGUUAAUACUUGGAAAAAUAGUCCGGGGCAUAACAAUGUUAUACUCCAACUAGGUACUUUUCAACAUACACUAAUGAAAGUGAUGGGCGUCGGUAUUUAUAAAGGAUAUGCAUGUGUAUGGUUUGGUCAACAAUUAGAUAUAUAUCCAGCCCCUGCAUAG